GUGACGCGAGCCAACCGCGCGGCGCUGCGGCUCCUCGCUCUGCCGGCCGCCCGCAUGGCGCUGCGCAGCUUCUGCAGCGCUGAUGGCUCCGACCCGCUUUGGGAUUGGAAUGUCACAUGGCACACCAGCAGCCCUGACUUUACCAAGUGCUUUCAGAACACCGUCCUCACAUGGGUGCCUUGUUUCUACCUCUGGUCCUGUUUCCCCCUCUAUUUCUUCUAUCUCUCCCGACAUGACCGGGGCUACAUUCAGAUGACGCACCUCAACAAAGCAAAAACUGCUUUAGGGUUCUUGCUGUGGAUCGUCUGCUGGGCAGACCUCUUCUAUUCUUUCUGGGAAAGAAGUCAGGGAGUGUUCCUAGCCCCAGUGUUACUUGUCAGCCCUACACUGCUAGGCAUCACCAUGCUGCUUGCCACCUUUUUAAUCCAGCUUGAGCGAAGGAAGGGAGUCCAGUCCUCGGGGAUUAUGCUUAUCUUCUGGCUUGUAGCCUUACUGUGUGCCAUUGCCAUCUUCAGAUCUAGGAUCAUCUCUGCCUUAAACAAGGAUGCCCAGGUGGACGUGUUUCGAGACACCACGUUCUAUGUGUACUUCACCCUUGUGCUUGUCCAGCUUGUGCUAUCCUGCUUCUCAGACAGCUCACCCCUGUUCUCUGAAACUGUCCAUGACCUGAAUCCGUGCCCAGAAUCCAGUGCCUCUUUCCUUUCCAGGAUCACUUUCUGGUGGAUUACAGGGAUGAUGGUGCAGGGCUACCGCCAGCCCCUGGAGAGCAAUGACCUCUGGUCACUGAAUAAGGAGGACACGUCAGAAGAAGUCGUCCCUGUGCUGAUAAAUAACUGGAAGAAGGAAUGUGCUAAGUCAAGGAAACAGCCUGUGCAGAUUAUGUAUGCAUCUCCCAAAGAUCCCAGCAAGCCCAAGGGAAGUUCCCAGUUGGAUGUGAAUGAGGAGGUCGAGGCGCUGAUUGUCAAGUCCCCCCAGCAGGACAAGGAGCCCUCUCUGUUCAAGGUGUUAUACAAGACCUUUGGGCCCUACUUCCUCAUGAGCUUCCUGUUCAAGGCCCUUCAUGAUCUGAUGAUGUUUGCUGGCCCCGAGAUCUUGAAAUUGAUUAUCAACUUUGUGAAUGACAGAGAGGCCCCCGACUGGCAGGGCUACUUCUACACAGCUCUGCUGUUCGUCAGCUCCUGUCUGCAGACGUUGGUUCUGCACCAGUACUUCCACAUCUGCUUCAUCAGCGGCAUGCGCAUCAAGACAGCUGUGGUGGGCGCUGUCUACCGCAAGGCCCUUGUGAUCACCAAUUCAGCUAGAAAGUCUUCUACGGUUGGGGAGAUUGUCAACCUCAUGUCCGUGGAUGCCCAGCGCUUCAUGGAUUUGGCCACAUACAUUAACAUGGUCUGGUCAGCCCCUCUGCAAGUCAUCCUAGCCCUCUGGCUCCUAUGGCUGAACCUGGGUCCUUCAGUGUUGGCUGGAGUGGCUGUGAUGGUAUUCAUGGUACCCUUCAAUGCUGUGAUGGCCAUGAAGACCAAGACCUACCAGGUGGCACACAUGAAGAGCAAAGACAACAGAAUCAAGCUGAUGAAUGAGAUCCUCAAUGGGAUUAAAGUACUUAAGUUAUAUGCUUGGGAGCUGGCCUUCCAGGACAAGGUCAUGGACAUCAGGCAAGAAGAGCUGAAGGUGCUAAAGAAAUCUGCGUACCUGGCAGCUGUGGGCACAUUCACCUGGGUCUGCACACCUUUCUUGGUGGCUCUGUCGACCUUUGCUGUCUAUGUGACAGUGGAUGAGAACAACAUCUUAGAUGCAAAGAAAGCCUUCGUGUCCCUAGCCCUGUUCAAUAUCUUGCGCUUCCCACUCAACAUCCUGCCCAUGGUCAUCAGCAGCAUUGUGCAGGCCAGCGUCUCCCUCAAACGUCUCAGGAUCUUUCUGUCUCACGAGGAGCUGGAACCAGACAGCAUCGAGCGGUGGCCCGUCAAGGAUGGUGGGGGAAUGAAUAGCAUCACUGUGAAGAAUGGAACGUUCACAUGGGCUAGGGGUGAAUCUCCCACACUGAAUGGCAUCAACUUCUCCAUCCCUGAAGGAGCUCUUGUGGCCGUGGUGGGCCAGGUAGGCUGCGGGAAGUCAUCUCUGUUGUCAGCCCUGCUGGCUGAGAUGGACAAGGUGGAGGGACACGUGACUCUCAAGGGCUCUGUGGCCUAUGUGCCCCAGCAGGCUUGGAUUCAGAACGACUCUCUCCGCGAGAACAUCUUGUUUGGGCAUCCCCUGAAGGAACGCUACUACAAGGCAGUGCUGGAAGCCUGUGCCCUCCUCCCAGAUCUGGAAAUCUUGCCCAGUGGGGACCGGACAGAGAUUGGUGAGAAGGGUGUGAACUUGUCAGGGGGCCAGAAGCAGCGUGUGAGCCUGGCCCGAGCUGUGUACUGUAACUCCGACAUCUACCUCUUCGACGACCCCCUCUCGGCUGUGGAUGCACAUGUUGGGAAGCACAUCUUUGAGAAGGUGGUUGGUCCCAUGGGCCUCCUGAAGAACAAGACACGGAUCCUGGUCACCCAUGGCAUCAGCUCCCUGCCCCAAGUGGAUGUCAUCAUUGUUAUGAGUGGCGGCAAGAUAUCAGAGAUGGGUUCCUACCAGGAGCUGCUAGACCGGGAUGGGGCCUUCGCUGAGUUCCUGCGCACCUAUGCCAGUGCUGAGCAGGACCUGGCCUCAGAGGAUGACAGUGUCAGUGGUUCAGGGAAGGAGUCAAAGCCAGUGGAGAAUGGGAUGCUGGUGCCAGUGGGGAAACACCCUCAGAGUGGGGAUGCUGGUCAGCAGCAUAGCAGCACAGCCGAACUGCAGAAGGCUGGAGUCAAGGAGGAGACUUGGAAGCUGAUGGAAGCAGACAAGGCACAGACAGGGCAGGUGCAGCUGUCAGUGUACUGGGACUACAUGAAGGCCAUUGGCCUCUUCAUCUCCUUCUUGAGUAUCUUCCUCUUCCUAUGCAACCAUGUGUCUGCACUGGCCUCCAAUUAUUGGCUGAGCCUCUGGACAGAUGACCACCCUACUGUCAAUGGGACUCAGGAGCACAGGACGUACCGACUGAGUGUCUAUGGGGCCUUGGGCAUCUUACAAGGUGUCUCAGUAUUUGGCUACUCCAUGGCUGUGUCCAUUGGAGGCAUCUUUGCUUCCCGUCAUCUCCACCUGGACCUGCUGCGCAAUGUCCUGCGCUCGCCCAUGAGCUUCUUUGAGCGCACACCCAGUGGGAACCUAGUAAACCGUUUCUCCAAGGAGCUGGACACAGUGGACUCCAUGAUCCCGCAGGUCAUCAAGAUGUUCAUGGGCUCGCUCUUCAGCGUCAUUGGAGCUGUCAUUAUCAUCCUGCUGGCCACACCCAUCGCCGCUGUCGUCAUCCCACCAUUGGGCCUUGUCUACUUCUUUGUGCAGAGGUUCUAUGUGGCCUCCUCCCGACAGCUGAAGCGCCUCGAGUCUGUUAGCCGUUCCCCUGUGUACUCACACUUCAACGAGACCUUGCUGGGGGUCAGUGUCAUCCGUGCCUUUGAGGAGCAGGAGCGCUUCAUUCGCCAGAGUGACCUAAAAGUGGAUGAGAACCAGAAGGCCUACUACCCCAGCAUCGUGGCCAACAGGUGGCUCGCUGUGCGUCUUGAGUGUGUGGGCAACUGUAUCGUGUUGUUCGCCGCCCUGUUUGCUGUCAUAUCCCGCCACAGCCUCAGCGCUGGCUUGGUGGGCCUCUCGGUGUCUUACUCAUUGCAGAUAACUUCCUACUUGAACUGGCUGGUUCGAAUGUCCUCUGAGAUGGAGACCAACAUCGUGGCUGUGGAGAGACUCAAAGAGUAUUCUGAAACAGAGAAGGAGGCUCCCUGGCAAAUCCAGGAGACAGCUCCACCCAGUACCUGGCCCCAUUCGGGCCGUGUAGAGUUCCGGAACUACUGCUUGAGGUAUCGAGAGGACUUGGACUUGGUUCUCAAGAACAUAAACGUCACCAUCGAGGGUGGAGAAAAGGUUGGCAUUGUGGGCCGUACAGGAGCUGGGAAGUCAUCACUCACCCUGGGUUUGUUCCGGAUCAAUGAGUCUUCAGAAGGGGAGAUCAUCAUCGAUGGGGUGAACAUUGCUAAGAUUGGCCUACACAACCUGCGAUUCAAGAUCACCAUUAUCCCCCAGGAUCCUGUUUUGUUCUCGGGUUCUCUCCGCAUGAACCUGGACCCUUUCAGUCAGUAUUCUGAUGAAGAAGUCUGGAUGGCCCUGGAGCUUGCUCACCUGAAAGGCUUUGUAUCAGCUUUGCCCGACAAGCUGAAUCAUGAGUGUGCAGAAGGUGGAGAGAACCUGAGUGUCGGCCAGCGCCAGCUUGUGUGCCUGGCCCGGGCUCUGCUGAGGAAGACAAAGAUUCUAGUGUUGGACGAGGCUACAGCAGCUGUGGACCUAGAGACAGAUGACCUCAUUCAGUCCACCAUCCGGACACAGUUUGAAGACUGUACUGUGCUCACUAUUGCUCAUCGGCUUAAUACCAUCAUGGACUAUACAAGGGUGAUCGUCUUGGACAAAGGAGAAGUUCGGGAGUGUGGUGCACCCUCUGAGCUCCUGCAGCACAGGGGCAUCUUCUAUAGCAUGGCUAAGGAUGCAGGCUUGGUGUGAGCUGGGCCCUGGCAUGAUGCCACAUCCAUGGAUGCCAAGCCCUGGUGCCUCUCCUGAUCCUGCCAGCUCUUCUAUCAGUUCCCAUGGUCCUGCUGGUUCCAGAAGAGUGCUUCCUGUCUUCAGGCCUGCAGUUGAAAGCAAGGGAACAACAAGAACAAACAAAACAAACAACAAAUACUGUUGCCUCAGAGUGAUGUCUCCUUGCCUGCCAUCUGGUCUUCAGGCACUCUGACACUUCCCUGCACCUAGUACAGCUCUCACAGGACUUGCUUUAGAUGCAGCCUUGUGAGAAAGGACCUGAGCAGAAGGCUUUGAACCAGGCCAAGCAAUACUCCCUUCACAGGGACUUACAUCCUGACCGCCCCCAUCCCUUCCUUGCUUUCUGCCUCUUCCUGUCCCUCGCUGGGAGGAGGAGGGCUUACUCCUCUCAGAAGAUCUGUAAGUAGUUAUGAGCAGCAGAAGUCAGGAGCAUGAGGGAUGUGGUACCCACAGAUGAGAAGAGUGGUACCAAAGACAGAGCCACAGUCCUUGUCACCCCAGCACAAGAAGAGAGCCGUUCACAAAAACGAAUGAUCCCCCCACGCUCACACCAUUUUUAAGCACCGUUCCAGGGAGAAAGUCAGUGCCCAGAAUUUGAUAUCUUGGGAGGAGGUACUGAACUCAGGGAGUAGCCACGCCCAGCUCUGCACUUGAUCCUCAGUUUGAAUUCUUCAGAGUGGUCUUCUAGGUGUUUGGGUUGCAGACCAAAGAGAGACCCCCAUGGGCAACAAGAAGUUGCUGCCAGCCACAGUUCAUACUUGCUAUGAAUUUUGGCGCUGAUUUCCUUUUUCUUGAGGCAAUUUCCUUUUUUUCUUUAGGUGGCAAUAUAUGUAUUUAUUAUUUUUGUAAGUUGUACCAUUCUUUCACGUUAAAGGACCCAGAGUUCUCCUGGGGGUCUUUUUGUAAUGACACUGGAAACGUGAAUAUUUACAAAUAAUUUGCAGUAAAGAAAAAUAUUUUAUUUCUUUCUAAACAACCAUCUUACUUCCUUUUGGGUACAGAGGUUUCCAACCUCCAUCCUGGAAGAACCAGAGUAGGAGAGCCAUGUCACCGCUGUUGUCUGAAGUAGCAGGGCUGGAGAGGGGGCUCAGCAGGUAUGAGUGCUUGCUCCUCUCGCAGGGGACUGAGGUUCAGUUCCCAGCACCUGUGUCAUUGGCUUCCAGGAGUCCAGUGCCCUCUUCCAGGCACACAAAUUAAAAGUAAAAUGAAAUGGGGGAGACCAAGGUUAAGAGCUGCCUGGGGUCUGGCAGUGAGUCAGAAUGGCAUAGUACACAAAUGCUUUGGUUUGAGUCCUGCUGUCAUGUGACCCUGGGCAAGACACUUAGGCUGUGUGCCUCAGUUCUGUCUGUGUAAGGUGGCCAAGUUCAGGUUCUGAGAUAAAAGUCACAAGUGGCCCAAAUCCUUCUCUAUAGUGGGUAGGACUGAGUUGCAAUAAUGGGGCUUAAGAUUUGGGGGAAAUGUGGCUGGUGAGAUGGCUCAGUUGGUAAAGUGCUAUCUGUUCAUGAGACCCCUACAUUUCAAUCCUCAACAUAAAAGUCAGUAUAUGCAUAUAUGUUUAUAUACAGAUAUAUGUGCAUAUAAUUCUAGCACUAGGGAGGAAACAGGAGCAUCCCUGGGGCUCUCUGGCCAGCCAGCCUAGCCAAAUCAGUGAACUUGUUCAGUAAGAGCAUAAGGUAGGGGCUGGAGCAGUGGUGCUUAAGAAUGCAUGAUGCUCUUGCAGAGGACCCAGGUUUAGCCCCCAGCAUCCACAUUGGGCAGCUCAGACCUGUCUGUAACUUGGGUUUCUGGCCUCUGAAGGUCAUCUACCCUCAUGUGGACAUAAUCACAAAUUUUUGCACAUACACAUAAU